AUGGAGGGGACUCUGGGAUCAGGAGGUGUGUUAAAGAAGAAAAGUUCAUCAGGGUGUUUAAUUAUUAAAAAGAAAAGUGAAAAUAACAAUUUAGGUGGAUUGGUGGGUUUGAAUUAUAGUAAGGAAAAAAAGAGGCCAAGAUUAGUUGUUAGUGAUUCGGGUUCGAGUGAUGAGAACCAGUCAUUAGAAUUUAUGAGAAGAAAAGUGAAUGAAAAGAAAUUUCGGAAUAGUACGUUGGAGGGUAGGAGGAGUGGGCUGGAAGACAGGGAGUAUUAUAGGAAAAAUGGUGGGAUGGAGAGUAGUAGUGAGAGGAAAAGAAAUAGGUUAGAUUUGUUUGAGUUUGAUGAGUAUGAUGAGUACGAAGAGCUUGAUGGGAAGAAGAUGAGGAAUGAGUAUGUUCAAGACAGGUUUAAGAUGGUUGGGCGAAGUAGUGGUGGGGAUUUGAAGGAAGUUGGGGGAGGGUCGUCAAGCCGGAAUGUGAUGGUGGAUAAACGGAGUCAUGGUUCAUAUUUUGGCAGUUCUAUUUCUGCGAAGAGUAAAGGGGUUGAGUAUAGUGGUGGGAGGAGUAAGGGGCUUAAGUUGGACGAGGACGAAGGACAUAUGCCAAUUUCAUCAUUAAGGUCAAAGUAUCAGGGGGUGGCGGAUGAGCCAAUUAGGUUGCAGGGGAAGAAUGGGGUAUUGAAGGUUAUGGUGAAUAAGAAGAAAAAGAUGGAUUUGCCAUCUCAGCAUAAGAGUUAUGAACCUCAUGAAGUUGAAGUAAGAAAGGAUUCUAGGUCUGGAAAUGUAGUCGAGAAGGAUUUAUUGGGAAGAUCAUUUCAUUUGACUUCAAAACAACAUAAAAAUGGUUUAUUUGUUGACAAAGAGAAAAGGGUUGAGAAGGAGAAAUUGGACCUGCAACUGGAAAAUGCAAAACCAUUUAUGAGCAAAGGCAAAAAAGAUAGAGAUUCACAGGUUGAUGAGAUUGAUACAUUGGUCGAACUGGAGCGACCAGAUCCGCAUGCUGGAAGCUCAAAGAAGAUGGUGAAGAAGAAGGAAGAAAGAACUCACCCUCCCGAAAAAGGCACACCAUCUAAAGGGAAAGAAGAGAAAGUGAAGCGUGGUGGGAGCACAGAAAAGCAAAUGCUGCGUGAGAAGAUAAGGGAAAUGCUAGUUGAUUCUGGCUGGACAAUUGAUUAUAGACCUCGGCGAAACAGAGACUACCUAGAUGCUGUGUACAUUAACCCGAGUGGAACAGCCUACUGGUCAAUAAUUAAGGCUUAUGAUGCGCUCAAGAAACAGUUGGACGAAGACAAUGGGAAAAGUAAAUCUGAUGUUGGCUCUUCCUUGUUUGCUCCUUUAUCUGAAGAUCUAAUAAAUAAGCUUACAAGACAAACUAAAAAGAAGAUUGAGAAAGAAAUGAAAAGGAAGAGAAAAGAAGAUCGCACUAAUAAGAGUGCUAAAAAAUCUGCCGUGAAAGAGAUUGCAGAGAGCUCAGACAGUGAUCAGAAUGAUGAAGUGGAAGAAGAGAAGGGGGAUGAUUCAUGUGAUGAUUUACCCAAAAGGAAGCCCAAGAAAGACAGAUUUGAAAAAAAUUCCAACAAAACAAAUUGUAAAGCUAUACAAGGUAGAACAAGUAAGAUAAUCGGGAGAUGCACUCUGCUUGUUCGCAGCUCUAACAGAGGACAAAACUCGGAAUCUGAUGGUUAUGUUACAUAUACUGGAAAAAGAACUGUGUUGGCAUGGUUGAUUGACUCUGGUAUUGCACAGUUAAGUGAAAAGGUACAGUAUAUGAACCGUAGACGCACACGUGUAAUGUUAGAAGGCUGGAUCACGAGGGAUGGGAUCCACUGCGGUUGCUGUAGUAAAAUCCUUACAGUUUCAAAAUUCGAGCUCCAUGCUGGCAGCAAGUUGCGUCAACCAUUUCAGAACAUACUUUUAGAGUCUGGGGCCUCACUUUUGCAGUGCCAAAUAGAUGCCUGGAAUAGGCAAGAGGAGUCUGUGCGCAAAGAUUUCCACAUUGUAGAUGUUGAUGGUGAUGAUCCAGAUGAUGAUACAUGUGGUCUUUGUGGUGAUGGAGGGGAUUUGAUCUGUUGUGAUAGUUGUCCAUCAACUUUCCACCAGAGCUGUUUGGGAAUACAGGCGCUCCCCCCAGGUGAUUGGCACUGCCCCAAGUGUACAUGCAAAUUUUGUGGGGAUGUUAGUGGAAAUGUUGCUGAAGAAAAUGACGGGACUGUCGAGCUUAUCAGAUGCAUCCUAUGUGAAAAGAAAUCUCACAAAUCAUGCAGUGAGCUGGUGGAUGCUGUGCCUGUGAGUUCACAUGGUGAAUCUCAUUCUUUUUGUGGGGAUAAGUGCCAAAAGCUCUAUGAUCAUUUGCAGAAGAUUGUUGGAAUCAAACAUGAACUGGAAGCAGGAUUUUCUUGGUCUCUUAUUCAGCGAACAGAUGUUUCUGAUACCUUGCACCGUGGAUUUCCUCAAAGGGUGGAAUGCAAUUCUAAGCUAGCUGUCGCGUUAUCGAUUAUGGAUGAGUGUUUUUUGCCCAUCAUUGACAGGAGGAGUGGCAUCAAUAUAAUUCGUAAUGUUGUCUAUAGUUGUGGAUCAAACUUUAAUCGUAUGGAUUUUCAUGGCUUCUAUACGGCAAUUUUGGAGCGAGGUGAUGAAAUAGUUUCCGCUGCAUCUGUCAGGAUACAUGGGAACUGUCUUGCUGAGAUGCCAUUUAUUGGGACUCGCGAGAUCUAUAGGCGCCAAGGAAUGUGCCGGCGGCUUUUGUCUGCUAUUGAAUCGACCCUGUGCUCUCUUAAAGUCGAGAAAUUGAUUAUCCCUGCCAUAUCAGAGCAUAUGAGCACAUGGACUAUAGUGUUUGGUUUCCAUCAACUUGAGGACGCACACAAGAAAGAAAUGAAGUCCCUGAAUAUGUUGGUCUUUCCUGGGACAGAUAUGUUGCAGAAACAGUUAAUGAAGCGAGAAAUUUCAGAUGGUAUUGAGGAUGUUAAAUCCGAAGAGAAUCAACCUCAGUUGAAUGUUUCGGUAGACAAAUCUGGGUUGUGUGAAGAGAGAAAGAUCUAUGAAAAAGUUGAUGCCAUGGAUUCUGAUUCCCCAGCAUCAGUUAUUCCUUCAAAUGAUAAUACCGCGACUAGUGCAUCAGAUGCUACUCAUAGAUCUGACAGAAGCAAGGUAACGACUGUAAUCAAGUCUGAGACGCAGGAAAAGCUAAAAGAAUCCACUGCUAGCUUGAAGUGCCCAUCUAACUCCACUGGAAGUGCUGACUUCUCUGAGAUGGAAAAUCCCUUGCUAGAACUUCCUCUUAAGGAUAAUUCUGAGUCUUCUGAGGCGGCUGUCAUGGAUCAUGAGUGCAAAAUAAGUUCUAAAGUUCCUUAUCUGGAAUCCAUUGUUGAUCCUUCAGGCGAAACUUCAAAAAUGGCUGAGGCAGCUGCUGAAAAUGAAAACCCUGUCUCUGGUUCUGGUAUUUGCCGUACUGAUAAAUGCACCAUGCAAUCCAAGUUGGGAUCGGAUGAUCACAAUGUGGUUGAGAACGAAAGCAAGGUAGAAACUGCUUCAGAGGUUUAUAUGGAAGUAGAAAUUGCUAGAAUUCAGAUUGAUAGAAGCUUCACAGUCGAGGUUUCUGAUGAUGCUGCCAUCCCUGAAUUAAAUGUAAAAGAUGGUUGCAUUGAAACAUCUGCACAGAGUACUACAGAGAAAGUCAAUGGAGAACGGAGUUCUGCUAAUCGGUUUAGUGCACUUGACAGUGAAAUUGAACUUCAUUCAUCUGUAGAACUUCCCUCUGAUUCUUUAGCUGCUGCUGAUGCAAAAAUCACUCUCGUUAAUGGUAAUAUAUCUUCCUUACCUUUUAAGGAUACCAAUAACAAAUAUGACUUGGCGGCCUCUUGUACUGAGGAAAAUGUUGAAGUUAGUGGUGUGGAACCAGCUUUUGGUUCUUCUCUUGCCAUUUCUACACAUGCUGCUAAUGGGAAUAGCAUUGACAAUCAAGAUCCUGUGUCUGUUUUUACUAUUGAAGGUAGUGAAAGUACGAUGAGAUUGAACCCGGACUUGAAUCAGGAGUCUGUCCUUGAGGUGGGACGUGACCAAGAAAGUUAUAAGAAAGUUGUCGAUCCAACUGAAACUGAUCAUUCUAGUGAAAAAAGCAGGAUGAAUAAUCCGCAAGAACUUGAAGAAAAAAUUUCUUGUGUGAAUUCUUCUUGUGAAGCCUUGGCUCGAAAUGCAGCAUCCAAUAACACUGCUCAAGCAAAUUUUGAGGCCACCUUUGAAGAUGCAGGGGGAGGCAAUGGAGGAAUACACAGGUUGGGUUGUAAUGUUGUUAAUGAAGUGGCAAAGGAGUUUUUGGAGGCACCAUGCAAUUGGGUAUUGAGUUUUAAACAGAGUGAUGAUGCCUAA